UCUUCAAAAUUAGCAGAGUAAAUCGCGCCCUCAACGGUCUCUUCCCAAUGCAAGUUCAGAUGGUGUGUCGGUAAAUUUUUGGUUUUUGUUGGAGGAAGAACCCUAGAAACAUACUUUCCCAUAACAAAUUACCUGUGCUCAAUUCCAAAAACAAACAGAGCGAAUUUCAAUUGUAAUUGUUUCUGGAAACAAAGAAGAAAGGAAAAAAAACAAAGUCUUAAUUGAUACAGACUGCCUACUGAUGGUGCGCGUUUUGAUAGAGCGACGAUGCGUUGCUCCGGUGACGAUUAACGACGGUGAUGAUCAUAAUCAUGGCGAUGCUUGUGAUUUUAAUGAUUCUGAUGAUGAUUAUGAUUUUAAAGGUAGUGUUGGGCUGAAGCUAAGGUACAUGAGGCUUCCUCAGACUCAGCUCAGGCUCUCUGUUUUGAAGCUGGACGGUUCUUUCUUCGAUGUGCAUGUUGCAAGGAAUGUUACAGUGGCAGGGCUUAAAAAAGCCAUAGAGGAAGUUUUUGCUUCGUCACCAAGGGAUAGUCAGGGGAAAAUUUCAUGGAUGCAUGUUUGGGGACACUUUUGCUUAUCCUAUGAUGGUCAAAAGUUGGUUAAUGACAAAGCUCGAAUUUGGGAUUUUAGGAUCAAGGAUGGCGAUCAGCUUCAGUUUGUUAGGCAUAUGUCCAUCAACUACUUACAUUCAAAAAGACCUGCUAGAACUCAGAGUGUUGCUUCCACCCAGCAUUCAAUGUCAUCAUCAGGAUCAGGUGCUCAUGAAGAGAUGAGACAUACUUAUCUUGCUGAUAAAGCCAAUUUAGAAAAUCAAGAAGUAAGUUCAUUAUCAGGUUCACAUGGUUGUGGAGAGAAGAGACUGCCUGGUCUUACUGAUGAAGAUAGUUUACGAAAUCAAGAGGACAGCAACAACUACUAUAAUUAUGAACAUGUGGAAGAAAUGCCUGCACCAGAGUUCAAGUUGGCUAACUUCCUAAGAGGGUGGUUGUCAUACACCAGAUUGUGGGGUGUUUCAGGAAGGACAUCAGAACGCAAGAGCCGUCUCUCCAGAUUUGCUCGACAUCGCUUAGGACAUGCUGACAGCAAGAUGAUACAGUGUUGACUCUAAUUAAGUAUGGUUAUUGAACUUAGUAGGCCAGAUCUAACACGUGUGAAGCUCUCCACUCUGAGGUAUGCCCUUCUGCCACAUUUUGUAUAAAACAUAUUAUACAUCAAGUUCUCUCUAGUAGGCUAUUCAAGUUUUUCUAAUGCAAAAGUUUUUGUUCACUUGGCGCUAGGGAUGGAUUCGAGCCGAGCCGAGCCCGAACACAGGUAAACUCGGUUUCAGCUCGGUUACUGUUCACUCGAGCCGAGCCGUGGCUCGAGCUCGCCGAGCUUUACGAAAAUGCAGCUCGUAUUCGAGCUCGCUGGCUCGCGAGCCGUUCGCGAGCCGUU